AUGAACAACCCAGUAUUUGACAAAACUGGAGACUUUCAGCAAUACUUAAAAAUUAAUAUUACAGUGAUGAACAGGGAUAAUCGAGAUUUUAGAUCUAAAAAUUUUACAAAACGAAUACCAAAUAAUAAUUUAUUAGUAGAAAUAUCAGACAAUUCCGAUUGCAAUCGUAGUGAAGCUUCCGAUAAGUUAAUAGAAACUCCUAGAACGCUACCCACAUACAAAUAUAGAUCUCCCCAGAUAAUGGGAUCUAAUAGACAUAGGCCACCAGCGGCCGAUCCACGAUUUCGGAAAGUGCAUAAAUCAAAUCCACUUAGUACACAAUCAGAAAUAAGACUUGACAAUUUUAUAAAACCACCCGAAGCAACAAAUAUUUUGAAUUCGUCACUUCAAUUAAUAAAAGAAAUACCAAUUACACCAAAAACACCAAUUACACCAGAAUGUUUUAUACCAUCAACAAUUUCUACACUUCCACCCAAUCAAGCUGGACAACCAUUACCUUAUGAUGGUCAACCACAAACUCAUCCUGAUCAAUUAACCACUCAUCCUGCUCAAUCAUCUACACACCCUGUCCAAAUACCCACACAUUCUGGACAACCACCUACUCAUUCUGGGCAAACACACACUCAUUCUGCACAACCACCCACAUAUUCUAGACAAUCACCCAUUUAUCAUGGACAACCAUUCAUUUAUCCUGAACUACCACCCACUCAUCCUGGACAGUUCCCCAAUCAUUUGAGACAAGAACCCAUUCACCCUGGACAAAACAUGAAUUCUAGGAUGUUAAAUGAAAAUGAAAGAUCACAUAAUUCAUCUCAAACUGAGUCCUCCAGUUUUACAGUUUCGCAUAGCAAUUGUCAAACGGAUCCCAUGCCAUUUUUAGAGCCUGCCGUACAUUCCCAUUCCGAAACGAUUCAUGACUUUCCAGAAGGCAAAAAGAACGAGUAUUUGUUGGAAACAAAAACUGAAAAAUCUUUAAACGUGGAAAUACCCGUUUUUAAUGACUGGCUUAUAGAAGAAACACGAAAAUUAGAAACUAUAUUGGAACCAAAAAGUAAAAAAACAAGUGAAAAAAGUACCCAUUCAUCGAGUCCAAGUUUUUACAGUACAAAAUCAGAAUUGAAAUAUGGCCGAAUUAAAAAAAAAGAAAAAAUUUCUCAAGAUUUACAUUAUAAAUCGUUAAAUAGCCCUGUACAGACAGCAGCAGCAGGAGACACUGAAAAUUUUCAAGCAAAAGAAAUAUUCAAUCCAAGCUUUUGGCUCAUAAAUGGCGAAAUUCAAAAUCAAGCCGACGUGUUUUCGUUACUGAAUAUUGUACUUCUAAUAAUUGCUGUAUUAUUUGCAUCUUUAGUAUUAUUGGCCUUCUUUUACUUGCUACAGCCAGUGGUAUAUAGUAUGGUUGAUAUCAUUUAUACAUUAUUAUUCGGGGAACAGGAAAUCGAAGAGGAGGGCGGUGUACUACAUCAUAAUUUAUUUUUUCAGAGAAAGUGUUCAGUAUCAAUAUUUUCAGAAUCAGGUUGUGCACCAUAA